AUGGGGCUCCGCGAUUUCUUUGACGGUCGAUUCUUCGAUACCAGAUACAAGACCAAAAUUCACAUUGCACAGGUCGCCCUGAUGGUACUGGCCAUCAUCCUCACCAUCUGGCGCAUGGCUAUGCCGGUUCCCUACACUCGCGGCAACAUCAUGGCCCUUACAAUGGGCUUCAAGUCUCUCAUCAUUAUCGGCUACCAACUUCUGACGACUCACAAGGAGCGUUUCAAGAAGUGGGCUUCACUCAAAGCCAACGCUAUCCUCAAUACCAUGGAGAUUGUGUUUUGGUUCGUCGCCUUUGGUCUUUUGUGCCAGGCGAACGGAAGAUUCUGCACGGGUGGUAGCUGUGCUAUCAGCUGGAUCGUGACUCUCAUCGUCAUGGUCUUGAUGUAG